GAGCAGCAGCCAUGUCUCACGGAUGGGGAUACGGAGCGAAUAACGGGCCUGAAAAAUGGGGCAAAGAUUUCCCCGUGGCUAACGGGCGAAGACAGUCUCCCAUCAACAUCGUCCCUAAGGAGGCCCAGUACGAUUCCACUCUGAAGUCUCUGAAACUCAAGUACGACCCCUCCAACGCUAAGGGCAUUCUCAACAACGGACACUCCUUCCAGGUGGACUACGAGGACGACGCCAACAGUUCCAUCCUGACUGGAGGUCCUAUUUCUGGAACGUACCGUUUGAAGCAGUUUCAUUUCCACUGGGGAGCGAGUAAUGACAGAGGCUCCGAACACACCGUCAACGGCAUCAAGUCCCCCUGUGAGCUUCACCUGGUGCACUGGAACACUCAGUACCCCAGCUUUGGAGAGGCAGCCAGCCAGCCUGAUGGCCUUGCAGUGGUGGGGGUCUUCCUCAAGAUCAGUGUCGCCAACCCCCGGCUUCAGAAGGUUCUGGAUGCCUUUGACAGCAUUAAGACCAAGGGGAAGCAGACCGUCUUUGCUAACUUCGACCCAAAGACCCUCCUGCCUGAUUCUCUGGACUUCUGGACCUAUGCCGGCUCUCUGACCACGCCCCCUCUGUUGGAGAGCGUCAGCUGGAUCGUCCUCAAGGAGCCAAUCAGUGUCAGCCGUACUCAGAUGGCCAGGUUCCGCGGCCUCCUCUUCACCGGAGAAGGAGAGGCUCCAUGCUGCAUGGUGGACAACUACCGCCCCCCCCAGCCUCUGAAGGGCCGUCAGGUCCGCGCCUCCUUCAAAUAAACAGCGCUUCAUCUUCACUGCUUCCUCCUUCCCUCCUUACACAAACCUUCAUUCUCCUAUUAUAUCCACAUGCAGUCAGCUUAUACUAGCCUUAAGGAAAUGAACUUGA